AUGCUCUCUCGCAAGCACCGGCCGGCGCCCUCGGUCAAGUCGCUGCCUAUCAGCCCUCCGCUGCCCUUCCCGCCAGCCUACUAUCACCAGCACGGCCAUGAGCAUCACCACGACCACGCCAGAGACGCAAAGCAAGCCCCAGACCACGCAGAGAUAUAUCCCCAGAUGGCGCCGCGCGACUAUCCAGACUAUGCGGCCGUGCCAGGCCCUGCGCCGGACGUCAACCUUGCCGUCGAGCAGUCCUACUUCGACCUGCGCGGCCAGCAUCACCACCACCACCACCACCACCUUCAUCACCAUCAAGAACGCCACGAACAAUACCCCUUCAGCCCAAAUGACUACAGCUACGAGUUCAACAGCUACAGUGCGCCCCGUCUGCCGCCCUCGCCGCCAACCUCUCCGCCCUAUGUGGCCGCGGCGCCCCGGGAGGACAGGGACAGCUACCCGGCCUCGCUGGCCUCGCUGCCUCGCUCGCUAAAGAGCGCCGGCCACAGGCGGGGGACUCGGUCUAUGGGUAGUGCGACAGCCGUCUCGCAGCCCUCGCGGCUCAGCAGGGGCGGCAGCGCUACCACGGACGUUGGACAGGCCUCGGAUGUGUCGAUAGACCUGACAGACAUGCUCUCGGACAAGCUGGACGAGGUCAUCAACCAUAUGGACAUGCAGGUCUUUAGCGGCCGCGAGAGAGACCUCUAUCUAGAUGUUGAUGCUGGCCCGGCCGGCCCUGAUGCGGCCUCCAAGACCAGCUCCGGACGCAGCUUUCUGCGCUCUUCCACCUCAGCCUCCCACAAGACGAACUACUUUGCAAAGGCAUACCACUACGCAAAUUCCCGGCUGCCACCUAGACUCGUCCCUCUCAACCUGUACGUCUCCCUAUUUGCUUUCCUCUUUGCUAUGUUUGUCAAGGCCAUGGUCAUCAAAUCUGUUGCCCUCGAUCACAUGAAUCUCAUCGUCUUUGCUGUCAGAGGGACCACCCGCUCCUCCUUCACAGACUGGGCUACCAAUAUGAAUGCAGAGCCCGCAACUCCCACCGGGUUCCUCGAUGACCCGGGCAACCUCUGCCACGCUGGCUUCCUUUCAGUGGCUCGAAAGAUGGUCCGUCCAGUGGCUAUGCGGCUGGAGCAGCUCUUGGCCGAGAAUCCGGCCCGAUCAAAGUUCUCCCUUGUCAUCACAGGCCACUCUGCCGGCGGUGCGGUUGCCAGCUUACUUUAUGCUCAUAUCCUCUCCUCCACUCUGCGUUCGGAGCUAAUAUACCUCCGUGACCGUUUCAAGCGCAUCCACUGCUUUACCUUUGGCUCCCCACCAGUAUCCCUGCUGCCGAUCAACAAACCGUCAGACCCACGGUACGCCAAAUGGCUCUUCUACACCUUUGUCAACGAAGGCGACCCGGUCUGCCGCGCGGACAAGCCAUAUAUCCGCUCCCUCAUCAACCUCUAUAAGGCGCCUAUCCCUUCAACCCAGGGCAGCAGAUCUCGCUCGUCCACGACCAGCAGCAAGCCAAGCAAGCUAGCUUUCCUCAAGGAUCGUCGAGAGAGUACUGACAAGUCUGAUUUUGAAACGGAAGUCACCUGGCCUAUACCCUCGCCCACUCUCACCUUACCCGGCUGCCUGAUCGUCCUUCGUGGAGAUAAGCACAACCCUAGAGACAAGGAUGUGGUGGAGGCCUACCUGACAAACAACGAGCAGAUGGCUGGCGUGGUCUUUGGAGACGUUAUGAUGCAUAUGAUGAUCCUUUACGAGCGGCGUAUCCAGCUUCUGGCCACAGAUGCCGUUACCGCCAGAGCUGCUCGAUGA